AUAUUUGUUGUGGAUCCAUCGCAAAAAGAGAGCAAAAAUCUGUUGAAAUAUGCGUCGACAUUCUAUUCGCAUGGUAUACCGUUGAGGUUAGGCGUUGUGUUCGUUGUGAAUGACGACAAAUCAAUAUCGGGCUUCCAAGACGCAUCAGUUGCGAUGCUUAACUAUUAUAACUUCGUAUGGGACGAUGUGGAAGGUGACGGAUUCUUAACGCCAAAAACAGUGAUAAAUCAUUUCUUGGAGAAGUACCCAGAUCAAGAUUCCAACGAUGUGUUCAAUGAGGAUUCUGACUAUGAUCAAGGACGUUCCGUUGGUCUAUCGUUUUUGAAGUCGAGCGGUUUGGGCGCAGCACCGAAAGUUCUCUUGAACGGAGUGGUAUUGGACGAUGCUGCGAUAAGUCCGUUACACUUCGAAGAGACCGUCGUGAGUGAGGUGAUGAAAGCAACCCCGAAACUGCAGAGAGCCAUUAUGAGUGGGAAAUUGAAGGAAAAAGACAACGUUAUGAACUGGAUCCUUUCACAGAUGAGUAUGAAAUCAGUGAGAUUAGCGAUGUUAUGGAUCACUUUCACGUGUAAGUGUGAUUUUACUGGCAGUGGCAAUGAGUGA